CAAACAAAUGCAUAACUUCUCUUUGUAACUUGCAGCUCUACAUGAUGAUGAAAUAAACAUUGCUUCAAUGGUUAGUACAUACUAGUCAUCACUUAUUACUCAGAAGCAGUUAAAAGCAGUUAGAAGCUCAUGUGAAAGUAUUUACGACGCAGUUAAGAAUUUUUAAGAACAAUGGCAAACUUACGAUUUUCUAUAACGAAGUUCAUAUUUUGUUGUAAUUUGUUUUUUCUGGCAUUCUCCAAUCCUACAAAUAUAUCAUUACAAAGUGUAAACGAUUCGUUGAUACAAACUGCAUUACAUUCUUUAAAUGAAAAUUCGCCAACGCAUCAUACAUAUACAGGAGGACAAUUGAUUAAUGCUGAAAAAUUAGAAGAAUUGUCACACGUGAUAUAUAGAUUAACAUUUAAUUUGAAUCCUGUUUGUAAAGAAAUUGUAAUAUCUUGUCCUACAGAAGCAUGUACAAUUAAUCUCAAACAAGAUGAGUUUGGCAAUGUACAGGUACAAAGUGACUCUAUUCAAUGUACAUAUUUGUAUCCUCAGUCUUCUCAAGAUAAUGCAAUGCCAGAACAAAACAAAGAGAUAAAUCAUGAAAAUCAUGAUUUUAUAGAAAAUUUAAAUAAACAGAUUAUACAAAAUGGAACUACUGCAUCAGAUCAUGAAAUGAAAUCUACAAGAGAUCAAAAUGAUCCUCAAAUUAUAGCAGUGAAAACAUCUGAUUCUAAUUAUUGUCCUGGAUGCCCGUAUGACUUAAAUCCUGAUUUACCUGGAUUCACUGCUUUUAAUAGACAGAUUGAAAAACAAAUGGAUGAGAUUUUAUCUAAUAAUUUUAAACAUAUAGUAAUUGAUAUUGUUAAAGCAACUCGUGUAGUUCCACCUUCUUCUAACAUAAUACAAUACCAACUUCUGGUUAAAGUAGGUGAAUCCUCUUGUUUAAAGAAUGUAUUGACAAGUUCCUCAGAUUGUACAUUGCAAUCUAAUGUUCCAUUCAAAACAUGUUUGGUUACAUUUGAAGAACAACCUUGGCAACAUGAUAGUCGUAAAAUAACAAAAAAUAAUUGCACCACAAUUAGUAAUAAUGAAUUUAGUAUAGCUCAAAAUUUAAUAAAUGAGUCAUAUAUAAUAGCCAAAGAUAACAAUCAGCAGCAGAAAGAUAAUGCUUAUGAAGGCCUAAAGAGUGUUUUAAUAGACGAUUUUACACGUACUUCAAAUUUUAAUACUCAAAAAAAUGAAGAACCACUUGUUACAGAACAUCCAUUUGUAAAAUUAUUUGUAAAUAAAAGUAAUGAUGAAGAGAAUCUUCAAAGCUUUACAGAUAAAAUCAAAGAAUUUGAAGAAUUUUUAGAAGAUUUUGAUUUACCAGUUAAGACAAAUGAUAAUGAUAAUAAUCAACAGCCAUUAGUUAAUGAAAAAGAAAUUAUAUUGGAAGAAAUAUCAGUGCAUAACAAAGAUGAAAAAUUUAAUUCUCAAAACAAUAUUAUUGAUUCAAAUCUAUCCUUUAAUAAGAAAAAAAGAUCCUAUUCACCUGCUCUUUAUGAUAUUGUUACAAGGAAAAAAAGAGCAUUAGUUGGAGCACCUUCUGAUAGAAAUGUUAGUGAUCCUGAAAUUGUACAAUAUGCAAAUCUGGGUGUAACUAAAUUAUCUCAAAAUUUAGAAAGUACAAAUGAACCAAUCUUAGUAGAAAUUACAGAAGCAUCUGCUCAAGUUGUUUCAGGUAUGUUAUAUAAAAUAAAAGUAAAAUUAGGUGUAAGUGAUUGUCCUAAAGGAACAAAAGAAAAUUGUCAAUUGAAAGAGGGAAGUGAUCUGAAAGAAUGUUUAUUCACUAUAUGGUCACAACCUUGGUUAGACAAAGGUUCUCCAGAUAUUAAAAUAACUUGCGAUCAUGAUGCAAGAAGGAAACGAUCUCUAAAAGGUGCUAAUUAUAUCCAAAAAAUGUUGGUUCAAGCGGAUAAUAUGAGACAUGAAAGAAUGUUCCAAGAUUUUAUUGUAAAUUUUAAUAAAAAUUAUUUAUCUGAUAAAGAGAAGAAAUAUCGCUUCAAGAUAUUUCAAAAAAAUCUUAAAAUUAUAGAAAGAUUGCAAACAUACGAACAAGGUACUGGAGAAUAUGGAGUGACUAUGUUUGCAGAUUUAACAUCUGAAGAAUUUAAAAAGCAAUAUUUAGGAUUGCGUCCUGAUUUACGUGUAGAAAAUCAAAUACCAAUCCCACAAGCAAAAAUACCUGAUAUUGAAUUGCCCAUUGAAUUCGAUUGGCGCAAUUACAAUGCUGUAACACCUGUGAAAGAUCAAGGACAAUGUGGGUCAUGUUGGGCAUUUUCUGUAACAGGUAAUGUAGAGGGGCAAUAUGCCAUAAAGCAUGGAAAAUUACUCUCAUUAUCUGAACAAGAAUUAGUGGAUUGUGAUAAAUUAGACGAUGCUUGCAAUGGUGGAUUACCAGACAAUGCUUAUAGAGCUAUAGAAAAUUUAGGAGGGCUUGAAUUAGAAUCAGAUUAUCCAUAUAUAGGCAAAGAUGAAAAAUGCUACAUUAAUCAACGUAAAAUUAAAGUGGAAGUUGUUUCUGCAGUUAAUAUUACAUCCAAUGAAACAAAAAUGGCACAGUGGCUAGUUCAAAAUGGUCCUAUAUCUAUUGGUAUCAAUGCUAAUGCGAUGCAGUUUUAUAUGGGUGGGAUUUCUCAUCCUUUUAAAUUCUUAUGCAAUCCUUAUAAUUUGGAUCAUGGUGUUCUUAUCGUAGGUUAUGGAAUACGUAAAUAUCCAUUAUUUAAGAAAGAACUACCAUAUUGGAUAAUAAAAAAUAGUUGGGGUCCUCAAUGGGGUGAACAAGGAUAUUAUAGAGUUUACAGAGGAGACGGAACUUGUGGAUUGAAUCAAAUGGCUACAAGUGCUGUUGUCGAAUGAUACAUAUUACUCAUUUAAAUAAUUUCUUCCAAAACAAUUAAGCCCUUCUAUUUAAUAAAAAGUUCUUGUUUACUAA